AUUCAUUCGGUGCUGUCAGCUUGGACCCGCUCAGCAGUUUUUGGCUACAACUACCUGAUAAUUUCUUGAGACUAGUUUCUGCACAGAGCGCUGUUUAUCCUCCGCUGCUUCUCUGCAGAGAUGUGGCGCAGACUUCCACUGCUGAUUUUAUGCUGUGCUGUAAGUGGCCUCGAGCAUCUGGAGGCCGACAGAAGCUUUCGGGAGAAGAUGCUGCUGGUCAAAACCGACGAGCUGAGGCCGAUUAAAGAUGCUCCCUCCGCGGGUAAAGUAGAGGACAGUCCCCCGGCCCCGGAGAAAGGCGCUCCUGUUGUAAAUGCGGAGGGGAGAGCUCAUCAGCCCACUGCCGAGCCUCUGGAGGAUGAGCUGGACAACCAAGAGAAUAUAAUCAGCCAGUUGCUGGGUGAUUACGACAAAGUAAAAACGGUGUCAUCAGGGUCUGACUGUGUGUGCCGCUGUAUCGUUCGACCGAUCAAACGCUCCGACUGCAGCCGUGUCCAGGAAAGCGACCUAAAAUCACCAUCUCAGGAUUUUUACACUGUAGAGACAAUUACCAAAGGAACAGACUGCAAGAAGUGUGAGUGCAUGGCUCCACCUUCAGCUGUCAAUCCCUGUGAGGGGGAGUACAGGUUUAAAAAACUACAGGAAGCAAGCAAAGAUGACAUCAAGCUGGCAACUAUCAUUGACUUGCUGGAGGGCUCUUUGUAUGGAAUGGACUUAUUAAAGCUCCACUCUGUUACCACCAAGCUGCUGACCAAGGUGGACAACAUAGAGAAGACAUUUGCACAAAAUCUUACUGAAAGAAUGAGAGAGAAAGAACGUGGAAAAGAAAGAGCAAAGGAAAAGGAUAAAGAAAAGAAGAUCCAGCAGAAAAAAAAGAAAAUGAAUGACUUGGAGCGUUCAAGAGUUAAAAGUGGAGCAGCUGCCUACGCCCACAAGCAGCAGAAGGAUUAUGACAGCCACCUGAAGAAAAACCAACAGCAAGAUGGUGUGGAGGAACAGCACCGAAGCAGGAAUCAGACAGAAACACAAAAGGCAAGCAAAGAGAAGACCGAGCAAAAGCAACCAAUGAAAGACAAAACCACUGUUCUCAUCAGGGGCGUGACCUUUUAUAAGGCAGUGGAAGAGAGCUACCAGGAGGAUAAGAAAGUUAGAGGACAGAACACUCCUGUAACCACGACAUCUUCAGUGGACUUACUGAUCUCUGAGCAGCUGCCAUUUAACAGGCCUUCAAAAACCAUCAUAGAACCAGACCACAAGUACAUACCUUUGACCGGUUCUUCACUGACCCAUCAACCAACAGCUCCCUCAUCUACUAGCCAAGAAACCACAACUGCAACCCAACCAGCUCGCUCCUCUACAACAACUACAAAGCCAACGACAACUACUUCCCAAAAGUCUUCAACUACCAGAACUGCUAUUAAGCCCACUGCGCCUUCCACCCAGCAGACCACUUUACCCUCAGAUACCAAUAUAAGCCCACCCAUUGAUGCAUCUCCCACCUCAACACCUCAGCCAAAACCCAAAAGCCGACUCAGCUGGACAGAGAGUCCUGCUGACCAACUGAAGACCACCAAAAAGCCAGGAGUGUGUAAGGACACAGUAGCGAGCAUCUCUGAACCGGUCCAAAAAAAUACUUACGGCCUCAGUGAUGGAGCCUGGAUGAGAGAUGCUCGUGGUCACGGGAGCGUCAUCUACCUCACUAACGGUCACUAUGGCAACAACCUGCUGGAGUUCCGAGACAUGGAAACCUUCAAAUCAGGACAGACAAGCAAUUCAUACAAGCUGCCCUACAGUUUCACUGGAACAGGCCACGUUGUGUAUAAUGGAGCUUUCUACUACAAUCGAGCCUUCAGCAGGGACAUUAUAAGAUAUGACCUGAGGCACAGAUAUGUAGCUGCCUGGACCACACUGCAUGAUGCUUUACUGGAGGAGCAAAUUCACAGGACGCAGACUGAAGUUGAGCUUGCAGUCGAUGAGUCUGGCCUGUGGCUGCUUUACCCUGCUUUGGACACAGAGGGCUUCCACCAGGAAGUUAUCCUGCUAAUCCACCUCCACCCCCGUGAGCUUCAGCCGAUACAGACGUUUCGCACGGGUCUCAGACGAGGUCGCUAUGGUAACAGCUUCCUGGUUUGUGGCGUGCUUUAUGCAGUGGACAGUAUGGAACAUCGAUACGCAAACGUGACCUAUGCCUUUGACACUCACACGCUUACGCACACCGUGCCAAGCCUGGCGUUCACAAACAUGCACGCACACAACUCCCAGCUGGCCUAUUGUCCUCUGGACAAAAAACUGUACUCAUGGGAUAACGGUCAUCAGAUGAUAUAUGAUGUCAUCUUUGCUUAUUUAGAAUAAUGGACAUAAAAAAAUAAAAAUAAAAAAAAAUGGUGGUUAGAUGUAUAUUUGGCAAUUUGUCUUGUCCAGUGAGUCAAAACAAAGCUGAGGAUGGAAGAAAUAAGAACACUGAACAGAUAUUCCAUCUGUGCUUUGUUUCGAAAAGACAGGAUCAGUCACUCUGAUGUGGUCACUGGGCUGCUGCUCUGGUGCACACACAGACGCAGCACUUGCAGACAAGAAAAGCAGAAUUGUAUUAUACCUUAAAAACUCCAUAGGUGAUAUGGAUGAAUGUAAAUAGAUGUAUACAUUGUCUUAGUCUGUUUCAACAAAGAAAACUACAUUUAUGAGAAACCAUAUAAUCCAUUAAUUCAGACUGUGGUGGAGAGGAACUGUCUGGAAUGCUCUCGUUUCUCACUGUAGUGUGACGGACUUCAUAUUGUUUGGAAAUGACCUUAUAACCUUUGCCAGGCAAAAUGAUCUUACUGAAGCAGGAAGUAUGCAGUUAGUUUUUCACGACUGCAUAGUCACGUAAAAACUUUCUUUUUCACAUGACUGCAUGUUGAACUUGUUCCAUAGUACAGGUGGUGCACAAGUUUGAAUUUGUUUUGGAUUUUGUGUGGAUUUUCUUGAAUCCACACUGGGUCAAAAAUUAUACAUAGGGCUCAAAUAUAAACACCCAGCUCCAUUAAUAUUUGGUUAAAUAUUUGUAAGUUGCACCUCAACCAGAUGCUUUUGGUCACCGUCAAUAAGCUUCUGGCAUAUUUGACUGCUCUUCUUGGCAGAAUUGUUAGAGUUCAUUUAAAUUUGUUGUUUUCCUGGCAUGAACCUGACACUUAAGCAUCCAUCCAUUCACUUCCGCUUAUCCUGUUCAGGGUCGCUGGAGCCUAUCCCAGCUGACAUAGGGUGAG